AUGAGCCCUCGACCCUCUCUCGACCUUCGACAACCAAUACAAUCCUUAACCACCUUCCUCACCCAUCCUGCAUACUUCUGGCAUGUCGCUGCCCUCCUCCUACUGGGCGAUGCCGUCUUGACACAGCUCAUCAUCCGCUUUGUGCCCUAUACAGAAAUCGACUUCUCUACAUAUGUUGAGCAAGUAGCUAUAUAUGACAAAGGCGAGCGGGACUAUGUAUUGCUGACGGGGUCAACGGGGCCUGUAGUGUACCCAGCAGGCCACGUCUACAUCCACUCCUUUCUCUCGCAGAUCUCGCACGCUGGGCAAGACCAGUUCCUACUGCAGCAGAUUUACGGCGCGCUUUACCUCCUCACCCAGUUUCUCGCCAUGGCCGUAUAUCGCACGGCAGGUGGUGUGCCGAACUGGGUGCUGCUCCUGCUCGCCGCGAGCAAGAGGUUGCAUAGUAUAUACGUAUUAAGGCUAUUCAACGAUUGCUGGAAUGUGUUGGGUAUGAUGGGAAGCAUAUUGGCAUUUGCCAGGGGACAUUAUACCGUCGGAAGCGCCUUAUUUAGCCUUGCCCUGCUUGUGAAAAUGAACGCGCUCUUGUACCUACCCGCCAUCCUUCUCCUCCUGUAUCAAUCCCUCGGCGUCGUGGGCACUCUCCUCCAGUUGUGCACGCUCAUCCUCCCUAUCCAACUCCUCCCCGCACUCCCGUUCCUCCUGUUCAGCCCCUACUCAUACCUCACGAGCGCGUUUGACUUAGGCCGUAUUUUCCUGUACAAAUGGACGGUCAACUGGCGCUUCGUGCCCGAAGCUACGUUCUUGAGUUCGCAAUUUGCGAGACUGCUGAUGACGGCACAUUUGGGGAUGCUGGGAGUGUUCUUGAUUGAGAAGUGGAGUAAGAAGGACGGAGGCGUGAUGGGACUCGUAGAGAGGGGGCUGAGGAGACCAUUCAAGCCUGCGCAGUUGGUAAGGCCGUCGAGCGACUACAUCGUUACGCUGCUGUUUACGACCAACCUGAUCGGGAUCGUUUAUGCCCGUUCGCUACACUAUCAGUUCUACUCUUGGUAUGCUUUGCAGAUCCCCUUCCUCCUCUGGCGAACACCAUUCCCGGUGCCACUCAAGUUGUCGAUAUGGGCAGGGAUCGAGUACGCAUGGAACGUCUACCCGUCUACCGUCCCGUCGUCUAUCAUCUUAGUAGCUGGAAACGCGUUGAUCCUUCUAGGCGUCUUCUUUGGGACGUCAAACGGGAAGGAGCAGAUGCAGCCUCGUAUUGCUAGGGAUUCAGCACCGGCUGGAGCCGACACAAAAGUAGAUUAG